GCGGAGAGCCCAAGGUAGCCCAAUGAUGGAUUUUGAUGAGCGUGGUCCCUGCUCGUCUAACAUGUAUUUGCCAAGUUGUACUUACUACGUCUCGGGUCCAGAUUUCUCCAGCCUCCCUUCUUUUCUGCCCCAGACCCCGUCUUCGCGCCCAAUGACAUACUCCUACUCUUCCAACCUGCCCCAGGUCCAACCCGUGCGCGAGGUGACCUUCAGGGAGUACGCCAUCGAGCCCGCCACUAAAUGGCACCCCCGCGGCAAUCUGGCCCACUGCUACUCCGCGGAGGAGCUCGUGCACAGAGACUGCCUGCAGGCGCCCAGCGCGGCCGGCGUGCCUGGCGACGUGCUGGCCAAGAGCUCGGCCAACGUCUACCACCACCCCACCCCCGCCGUCUCGUCCAAUUUCUAUAGCACCGUGGGCAGGAACGGCGUCCUGCCGCAGGCGUUCGACCAGUUUUUCGAGACGGCCUACGGCACCGCGGAAAGCCUCGCCUCCUCCGACUACCCCGGGGACAAGAGCGCCGCGGACAAGGGCCCCCCGGCGGCCGCGGCGACCUCCGCAGCGGCGGUGGCGGCAGCGGCGGCGGCGGCGGCCACGGGCACGCCGGCAACUUCAAGUUCGGACGGCGGCGCCGGCGGCUGCCGGGAGGCGGCAGCGGCGGCGGCGGCGGCGGAGGAAAAGGAGCGGCGGCGGCGCCCCGAGAGCAGCAGCAGCCCCGAGUCCUCUUCCGGCCACACUGAGGACAAGGCCGGCGGCUCCAGUGGCCAACGCACCCGGAAAAAGCGCUGCCCCUACACCAAGUACCAGAUCCGGGAGCUGGAGCGGGAGUUCUUCUUCAGCGUGUACAUCAACAAAGAGAAGCGCCUGCAGCUGUCUCGCAUGCUCAACCUCACCGACCGUCAAGUCAAAAUCUGGUUUCAGAACAGAAGAAUGAAGGAAAAAAAAAUUAACAGGGACCGGUUACAGUAUUACUCGGCCAACCCGCUCCUCUAAAGCUCCAGCCAGUUGGAAUUGGGUGGGGGGCUUCGUACACAUGAGAUUACGUGCAGAUUUUGCCCUUGACAAGGUCAAGGCACACAGUGACUUUUGAAGGAAGGAGGUGCGCAAGAGAAGGGGGCUGCUACAGGGAGAGAGCCCCCAAGAAGGUGGCCUGGGACUCCCUGGGGGCCUCUGUGGUUAAGAUUCCUCACAAUCAUUGGAUUCAGAGAGUUGUGCAGCAGCUGGGAAGAAUGGUUUGGGACCCCUGGUGGUUCCGUCUUGGAGACUGUGGCGCUUCAGGCUGGGUGUGGUCUCCGUGAGGGACUGGGUCUCCCCUGCCAGGCCCCGUGGAGAUCGACCUCCCAGGACCCUCCACUCGGGGCCUGCCUUCCCCCACCCCCAGGACCCCUGCACCAAGAAACUUUUCAACCUCCAAACCCAGUUCAAUUUGGGGACAGGAGUGGGAGGUCAGGGGAGGGUUCCUAGGUGUCCGGAGUGGGGCUGCUUUCCAGAGCCAAUGUGAAAGACAACUGGACUGAGAGGUGGAUGGAUAGGAGGUGGGAGAGGGCUGCUGAUCCCCAAGGAAAAGCAGAACAAAAAAGAAACCUACUAUUCCUGGUGGCAUUCGUGGCUUUCCACGUCUCGGAGCCACUCACCGCACUGUCUCAGGCCCGAGCUGCUUAGCAGUGGCCUCCUGCAGCCCACCUAGUUCAUCCUGUCACUGAGGGGCUUCGUCCCGGCCUGCCACUCAGGCAAGCCUAAAGCCUGGUUGCAGAGUAGACUAUUCCCCAAGGUGGAAGACAUCAAACGGCAAAGAGGCUGCGCCCAGGCCGCUGGCCCCUGGAUCUCUGCAGGAAAUGCCUGUGGAGUGCGGCAGCUUGGCAAAGCCUCUGCCACACUUAAUUGAAGCUUGGAGUUGCUCAGGGGAGGAGCGGGCCUGGCCAGCGGUCCCCAGCUAUGAGGGGCCCAAGUUCUCCAAAACACCCAGUUCUGGUGCCACCCCCUGCCCUUCAAUGCCCCAGAACUGAGCUUGGAAGCUUCCUGCGACCUUCCGAGAGAUCAAGAGUGAUUUGGAAUUAUUUUAAAAGAUAAAUAUUAUAUUAUAUAUAUAUAUUUCCCUGCAGAACCAAAGCGAAUUUCAAAAGAUACACUAUAGAGGGGGAAAAGAGGAUGAAGAAAAUAUUUAAAGGCUCUAUCUGUUUACAGUGUUCCACGGUUAAACUCACUCACUGCUAAAGAAUAUUUGAAUGUACGCUUCAUACAGGGAUGGUGUUCGAAAGACUUGUAAAUAAAGGAACCAUAACCUAUUUUGUUUGAUUUUUUUUUUUUUUACCAUUUGUUGAUUUCCUUUGGGGCACUACAGGGGGUGCAGGAAGGGUGUUUAGAAUGGCCUUUUAAUUUCUUGUGAUAUUUUGAAAGCAUUGGGGGUUUUCUCUGAGGUAGUUCUGCCCAACAGUGUCAGGGGACCUCAGCUGAGAAAGCCAGGCCUCCGCCCCUGGAAUCUUCUCGGCUUCCCUGUGUUCAGCAGCAUCUGGUGGCUCUGUUUGUAACAGGGGUGUUGGCCUGUCUUCUGUUCUCACCCACCACGGAUGUCCGAUGUCGCAGCAUGCAUACAGGCGAUAUGGCACAAGGACAAUAAAGACUGUGGAAACUUGA